GUUGCAUUGUGCAUAGUUAUUAGUUGCAUACAUUAUAUUUUUCAAUCAUGUUUCCUGGUUGAUUAAAUUUACAAAGUAGAAAUAGCUACAAUAUAAUAAAUAAUUAAAGACUUCUGUCUCUUAAGUAUGGCUUUGGUAGUAGGUACUGUGUAAACUGAAUUAAAAAAAGGACUGAAUGUAAAACGUAAACACCUUAGUCACAAUAAAAUUCUUGAUAAAGAUACCCUUAUCAAUAUAAGACUGAUUGUGUAACACUAAAAAAAUUAGACUGAAUGUUCUUAAAAUUUGUAUCUUAAAAAAAUACAAUAAUGGAUGUCCUUUUAAAUGUAAAUAAUCAGUCUAAUGGACGAGAUAAACUUGCAAGGCUAGUCCAGUAUGCCAGUAGACUAGUAUGGCAUCAGCUGGAAAAAAAACAUGCUAAUAAGUAUUCCAUUGAACGAAUCAAAGGCUUGGAAAAUAAUCUUAGUUCAUUUAGAAAAGUUCUAAGAUUAGGAAGAUGCAUAGAUAUAUCUUAUGCAGCAUUAAAUACUAUUCACAUACAGGAUCCAUUCUUAAGAAUAUCUCUGACAGUUAGUAAAAUAGCCCAUGCACUGUUUUUGUAUGCUGAUCAUAUAGUGUGGCUCACACGAAGUGGCUUUCUUAAAACUGAUUCAGAACAAUGGAAUCGCACAGCAAAUAAAUUUUGGCUGUUGUCAAUAACUGCAAACUUAGCAAGAGAUGUAUAUGAAAUUCUACAAGUCUUACAGUUAAACCAAACUACAUUGCUUAAGCCCUCUGAAUUAUUAAGGGGACCUGUUAAAAGUUUUGAUGUUAAUGCUUGCAUAAAACAUUUAUAUGCUAUUAUUUAUUGCCAUAAAGAUAUCUUUAUAGAUACUAUAAAAAAUUCAUGUGAUAUUUUUAUACCACUGACUGCACUGGGUUUAACUAAAUUGAACCCGUCAGCUAUUGGUGCUCUUGGCACGGUUUCUUCACUUGCUGCACUUAUAACUAUAGUUAAACCAAUUACUAAACUUGUACCAGCUUAAGUUAAUACUAAAAAGUUGUGGUUUAUGCUAUUUAAUUACAGUGGUUGUGGAUUUUGAUAUUUCUACUGAUUUAUGUAAUUAAGGAAAUAGGGAAUUGUAUAUCAAUUUUAUUAUUGUUCUAAUAUACCAAAUAUACAAAUAUUUUUAAAUACUA